CUGUUUCCUUGAAUUAUCAAAAGCUUCCGUGGAUUUAAUUUCAUCUCGUAGAAUCUGUGGAUUGUUUAAGUUUUGCCUAAUUGGCUCUGGCCUAGGUGAUCAAAGGCAUCAUAUCUUUGAGGAAGCCGUCUGACUUCAACUCCUUACUACUCUCAGAUGCAAUAUGAAUUUGCCCUUGUGGUAUUCGAUUGAAUGCUCUUUUGUUUGCUGACUAGUUCUGUUGGUCUCUUUGUUGUCUUACCAGAAGGAGAAGAUAAAGAAGAAGAAGAAAGGAUUUCCCAGAAAAGAAGAAAAAUGAACCUGAGAUUUUCCUUUUGGAGCAUCUUCCUUCACUUUCUGGCUGUGAUGUGUUUCCAUGGAAGUGGAGCCAGGGAGAUGCAUAGAGAGGAGUUGAUGGUGGCUCCAAAAUUUCCCAUGGAUGAUUUCCCAGAAGGGGUUAAUAUAUUGCAACUCCAUAGCAUGGAUGGAAGUGAGAAAAAGGAUGGUGGGCAACAUGCCAUGGAGGACAGAUUGCAUGGUCAUGAUAAGCGAGGCAAAGAAACCCGAAAAAGGGAAGACACAGAGCAUGUUCAUGGUCAUUCAUCAUCCCACAUGGAUCACUUGGACCCUUCAGUUGUUGUCUUCUUCACUAUGAAGGAUCUGAAGGUUGGGAAAACAAUGCCCAUCUACUUUGCCAAAACGGACCCUGCUUCUUCUCCUCGCAUGUUACCUAAAGAAGAAGCUGAUUCCAUUCCUUUCUCAUUUGCCCAACUCCCACACCUCCUUGAAUUCUUCUCCUUUUCUCAAGGCUCCCCCCAAGCCAGAGCCAUGGAAAAUACACUUAGAGAAUGUGGACUUAAGCCCAUCAAAGGAGAGACCAAGUUCUGUGCUACUUCCCUAGAAUCCUUGCUUGAUUUUGUGCAUAGCAUCUUUGGGCUGGAGUCCCAUUUCCAAGUCUUAACAACUUCCUAUCUCACAAAGUCAAGUACCCUUUUCCAAAACUACACCUUCUUGGAAGUGCCUACAGAGAUACCAGCUCCCAAAAUGGUAGCUUGUCAUACUAUGCCCUACCCUUAUGCAAUUUUCUACUGCCAUUCCCAAGCGAGUGAGAACAAGGUGUUUAAGGUGUCACUAGAAGGCCAAAAUGGAGAUAGGGUGGAAGCCUUUGCUGUUUGCCAUUUGGAUACCUCUGCCUGGAGCCGUGAUCAUGUGUCAUUCCGUGUGCUCGGGAUCGAGCCUGGGACAUCCCCUGUGUGUCAUUUCUUCCCUGCAUCCAACCUCAUAUGGGUUCCGAGGCCUACUCUGAACUAGUCAUGUAACUGCAGUGUAAUCACUGAAGCUAUUACUAUGAUCUGGUAUUCCACUUGGUGUUUGUUUUUCAACUGAAGGGCUCAUAAAUAUAGAAUAAAUGAGUAGGUUUUGAAUGUUGCUAUAUAAAUAAGGGGUCUAUUCAGAAGGUCAAGCAAUCAAUAGUGACUCACCAGGUUUACUACUA